AUGGCGCUCCUAUCGAAAAUGUUCAAGUGCUACUGCUGCACUCCCACUCGCGACCAAAAACCCUCCCUAUCCGAGAAAUCCGCUCUCCCCGCCUACAAAGAUGACGGCCCCAGCAAAGCCGAAGUAGCAGACACCAUCGUAGCCAAGCUCUUCGCCGCCGAGAAGAACGACGCAGUGCUCCAAGCCGAUCUCCGCUCCACCAUCCAUGCCUAUGGCUGGUACGACGGUCUCGCGAAAGCCAUCCUCUCAGCACUGGAGAACGCCAUCAAGCUUGGCGAGAAAAUGGGUCCUGCUAUGAAGACGGCGUAUGACCAGGCGGUUGUGGGAGUCAACGAGGUCAAGCAGUGGGCGGAGGCGCAUCCGGAGAUGGCGGCUGUCAUCGUUACGCUUGUUGCGCUUGGUGUGCUUGCGUUGAUGGUGCCGUGGGCGCUGGGUGUUCUUGGGUUUGCCGAGGAGGGGAUCAUCGGUGAAUCGUGGGCUGCGGUUUGGCAAGCUACGUAUCGUGGCUUUGUUCCCAAGGGCUCGCUGUUCUCGUACUUGCAGAGCCUUGGGACUAAGAUUGGACGGGGUUGGGUCGGUUGA